AUGAAUAUUAUUCCUUUACUGUUUUCCUUUGCCCUUGCAUCUGUUAUUGAGCUUCCAAUUGGCUUGAUCACAUCUCCAUCUACUGACUCCUCGCUUACCUCAAAAUUGAUAACUGAUCUUGAAGGACUCGAAGUAAACAUCCAAAACUCACUUUCACUGCCUUUUAAAGUGUAUAGCAACUAAUAAAAAAAUGGAAAAUUGCCAUCCUAUUUUUUAUAAAAAAAAUAAAAAAAGUCUUUAACCUUUGAGUAAUUCAGAUUAAUUCAGAAUUUUUUAAAAAAAAAAUUAUAAAACCCUUUUAAAGUUGUAGUCAUUUGGUCUUACAUUGACCUUUUGACACAAACUGAUGUGACUACGUGAAGAAUCCCUAAGGAAUUCCUAGACAAAGAUAUCAAAGUUAUCAUCGAUGCCGCUAAUGAUUCAAUCUACUCACAGUUUUUAACAUAUACAGCUAUCCAAAACAACUACUUGCAUAUGGUUGUAGCUCGCCCGAUUGACGAAAUUAACGGAGAAACCCCUAGCUCUAAUACUUUAUUUUUAGAAACUUGCUAUGACUCCCAAGCAUAUGCAUUUUUAGACAUCAUUAAAAAUUUCGGGUGGUCAAACAUUGGGCUGGUCUAUGACCAAAGUAGCAAUAAUGUAAUUUUGGCAAAUACUUUUAAAGAUAAUUAUAAAUAAUAUCUUAUAUUGGUCGCUAUUUUUAUAAAUAUCCUUCUAUUUUUAAUAUAAAAUAGCAUUAAUCCUCCUAAUCUUAUACAAAAAUUAGCUAAAAAAUCAUAUGAUACUACAGCCAUGAACAUUUUAGACGAGAUUGUUAUCGACGCAAACGACAAAACGUCUUCUACUGAUCUCACAACAAGACUGGAAAGCACUACAAGAGACUCCGGCGCCAGAGUAAUUCUAGUCUUCACCAAUCCUGUCCUUGCCGCACAGCUACUCCAUUCAGCUGAUGAAAGUGUUAUGGGAGGCUCCGGGUAUGCAUGGAUUUUAAACAGUGACGCCAUGAUCGAUAUAGCCGAAAUCGCCCAAAAUUCUCACGCUGACGUCGAUUCCACCACUUUUGGAGUCCUAAAAACUGGAGCUGUGGGCUUUAUAGAAGAAGACGCUGAUUAUCAUACUGAGGACAUUUUAGCUACAUUUAGAGCUGCUUUGACAUUGAUAUGUCAGGGAUAUGUAAAAUUAGGCUUCCCGAGUGUCCCAGUAUCCUCAAUUUCAGGGUCAAGUCUUUGGGCUUAUAUGGUAUCGAACCCAACAACCCCAACCUUGCCUUAUCGACUGAAUUUUGACUCAACUGGGGUGAAAAAGUCUUAUUACGAAAUUUAUAAUAUGGCAGAUUUUCAUUUGUCAAAUAUAGGUUAUUGGAGUCAAGAUACCAGAAAAAUCGUGAUUACAGCAGGUUCUGGAGAAAUACAGUGGCCAGGGUUUUCUACGUCGGUUCCUAAUGAUAAAGUCCCGAUUAUCCAGAUUGGGCUUUUAUACCCUGGGCAUGAUUCUAAUGGAAAUACAUAUGCAGAUGGCCAAACUAUUCUGGUUGAGGCUGAAUUUAUAUAUAAAAAAUAAAAAAUAAUUAUCUAGUAAAUACAAUUUGUGCCUAUAUAUAAUAAAUGGGUUCGAAUUAGCAAGAAAAGAAAUUAAUGGGGACCAUCUGCUAGGUGACUACCAAAUAAACGCAGUCCUCAAAGACACUCUUAUGUCCCCCAGUCUGGCAGCUGUAAAUAUAAAAUCCCUAGAAAAAGAAAAUAUUUUAGGCUAUAUCGGCCCACUUACCUCAACAGAAGCACUUUCUUAUAUUACAGCCAUCUCUUCUACAGCUGAUCCAAAACCAUUAGUUUCCUAUGGUGCUACUUCUGCAAAUUUAACGUCUUCUGAAACUUAUUCUAGCUUUUUACGCACAAUCCAACCAGAUGGGCUACAAGCUGUAGCUAUUGCUAUGUUUAUUCAACAGCAAGGCUGGAAAAAAAUUUGUGUCAUAUAUAUUUAAUCUUAAUUAUACUUAUAGAAAAGUCAGAAAAACUGCCUGUUUUGCGAACUGUUUCCUGUCUGCUUGCCAUUUGCGCUCCACGAACUGUGAAAGCUAACGAGGGGCUGCACUCGCUCAAAUAUUUGGAAGAGUUGUGCCAUCGCAAGGUGCAAAAAAGGUUGCCUGCCAUUGGAAAUUCAAAAUUUUUUAUUUUCUGGCGAUUCAGCAAAAAAUGGAAAUCCGAAGCCCAGGGUGUUAUUUCUGGUUUCAUGUCUAUUGGCCAGCUAAAAAACUCACUUUUUACAACGUUGGGAGAGCUCUUUCCUACUCUCGGCUCUCAUUCACAGUAGGAGAAAGAUUGAUAUAGGAUUGAGCAGGGUUAUGUAGCUUAGCCCAACUGCUCCAUCUGCAUCAAAAGACCCUUACUCUAUACAAUGCAAAAAUGGAUCAAUCUACGAAAGCGAAGCUGGAAGCUACUCGAAUUGGAAACGGGUAGGAAAUCAACAAUUGAUUAGGGUAAAUAAAAAAUUUCUUCUUACUUGAUGCAUAUAUCAGGCACCAGCCUCUUUCCUUGAGGCUUUAGCCUGUGAUGUGCUAACUAAGUAAUUAAUAUUGCGCGACAAUUGGACAUACCAUUUAACAUAUGUUUCAUAUAUACUAAUGACGAUUUUGGAAAUGGCGUUUAUAGCAGCUUUAUUACUAAUGUGGAAACACUAGAAAUCACUAUUAUUAAUGAUGAAGAUAAAAGAUCUAUAUCUCCAGCUGUGGAUGGGGUUGUUACUGAUGAUACUAAAAGUGAUAUAGAUGACGCAUUGGCUAAUUGUGUUAGACACCAGCUUAAAGUUAUUGUUUACCUAGGCAGUGAUAAUGUAGCUGCAGAAGUGGCUAAGGUCGGCUAUGAGAAAGAACUCCAUGGAAGUGAUUAUGCUUGGAUCGGUGCUAUGUGGAUUACUGACAACCUUGUGAGUAUAAUUUCAAAAAAUUAUAAUGACUCUGCUUCUGACAUCUACGAAGUCGUUAAUGGAGGAAUAGGCCUUGGCUUUAGUCCAGCUUUGACUACAGGAGCUGGCCCAGAAUUUGUAGCGAAUUAUAAGUCAAAUUAUUCAGUGACCUAUACAACGUAUGCUAUGCUUGCCUAUGACACUUUAUACCUCUAUGCGUAUACUAUCCAGGGUAUGAUAUCAAGAGGCGAGGAUUUUAAUAAUGGAAAAGAGCUUAUGGACGCUCUGAGAUCAGCUGAUUUCACAGGUGCAAGCGGAAAAGUCAAAUUUUCGGAAGGGACUAAUGACAGAAGUGCAUAUGGGUAUUCAGUUGUAAAUGGGCAAAAAGGGAAAAUCGUGACUGUAAAACUGUACGAUCCACUGAAUCCUAAUAUGUUUACUGAUGUGUCUGAUACUACUAUUGUGUGGGGAGGUGGGUCGAGCUCUCCUCCAUCUGAUGAAUGGUCGUCUAAUUAUGAUUGCCCAUUUGCUAAAAAUAGGUAUUACAAUUUUACCUAUAGAAAAUAUUAUUUAUACAAAUUACUGAAAAAAUAUUUUUUUUUAAAAAUUUAUUUUGAGGAUUAUUAUCCUUAACAUAAAAAUAUGGUCACUAUUUCUAUGGAUGGGGUCAUCAUUGUUAUCUGUAUUGGUACAUUCCUAUUUUUCAUGACAUUAGGGCUGAGUAUUUUUUCUUUCAGAAAAUGGCGACAGGUAGAAAUCCAACAAAUCACUGAGCCAGUUGUGAGAAGCUGGAAAGACACAUUGGUCCAGGCAACUAUUUUAAUCGAGUUUUUCCAAUUUGUGGCUAUUGCUCCAACUUUUGAGUCGCUUAAAAUUGUGAUAGAUGCUGCCUCGAACAUUUUUAUGGUCGAUUUCAUGAAGGUCGCUAAUGCAGGGAAAAGCACUUAUUGGACUAUGUUAUCCGUUGUGUGCUCUUUAUGCUAUUUAUGGUUUUUCCUUGUCAUUUUAAUUAUGGCUAAUGCCGAGCAUUGGCUUAAACAAGUCCCAUUCUGUCAAAGAACUUUAGCACUCCUCAAUGCUGCUUAUCUCCCAUUUUUCGGUAAUACAAUGUUCUUGCCGUUUACUACUCUAUUAUUGGAUGUUUACGUAUGCAAAUUUUCUAGCUUCCCCCUCUGUUAGUCUAAUUUUUUUUUAAAAAAAUAUUUAUAUAGAAAAAAUUUUUAUUUGAAAUUUAAAAAAAUUCUACUUCGCAAAAAUUGGAAAGCAAAUAUUAAUUUAUUUUUAUACUUUAUGUUUUAAAACGCAAUUUGUUUAAAAUUAAACAGAAUUAGCUCGAGAUUUCUUUAUACUAAUUAUCACUUAUAUAUCAAAUUUUUUUUAUAAAAAAUUUUUGUUCUGAGGGUGGGCUUUUGGGCAAAAAAUAGGGAUUUUUCUAAUGGUUUUGUUAGCUCACGGAGGGGGGAGUAAAUAUUUUCCACUAUAAAAUCUAACUAUUUUUCUAUCAGAAAAAAAAUAUAGAAAAAUAUUAUAUGUGACCAUAAAGCCCAAAAACAUUCUUUUGUAUGGAGAGACUGCUAUAUGAACUGCUGGGACGAUAAGCAUUAUCCUUACAUUGCAAUGUCAGCACUCGCUAUCUCUUGCUAUGAGCCUAUUGCUGUAUUUUCACGUCCACUAUGGCAGCAAGCUAAAACAGGGUUGAAUCUUAUGAUUAAACCUUUCUUUUUACUGUUCAAAACUUGCGUGCAGAUCCUACUAAUCGCAAUCGGAAAGUCUUUACAAGGUACAUCGCCUAUAGCCCACGGUGUUGUUUUCUCUAUCUUGUUUAUAGCUUUCACCUAUAUUACUUUUAAAUUGAAGCCAUUCAAUUACUCUAGGUGCAAUUUGUGGGAGCUUACCUCAUUAAUUGCUGUGUCUUAUUUAUAUUUAUUUAUAAUGGAUAAAUGCAUUAAUUUAAUAGAAGCUUACUCCCCCCUCGUGAGCGAACAAAAUUUUGAUCGCUCACGGGGGUUAAUUUUUUUUUAAAAUUUAUAUAUAAAUUUAUAGUAAAUAUUUUUUUUAAAAACUUUUAAUUUGUAAAAAUUAGCAAAGUUUAUGUUUAAAAUGCAAGCUGUUUAAAAUUAAUCAGAAAUUAACUAGAGAUUUCAUUAUACUAAUAUCACAUAUAUAUCAAUUUUUUUUCCAUAAAACAUUUUUGCUCGCUCACGGUGAGUGGGAUUUUGGCCAGAAAUAGGGAUUUUUUCAAUGGUUUUGUUCGUUCAAGGAGGGGGAGUUAGGAUUUUUAUAUGAAAAAUAAUUUUUUAUUGAAAAAUUCAUGGGGAUGGGCUGAGUAUAUUUUAUAGCAUUUUUAGCUACAAUUUCUAAUGCAGCAGAUCCUGCCAAUGUGGCUUGGUUUAUUGUGCUUAUGAUUGGAUGGGCCAUUAUUGGCGGCGGAGCAUUUUUGAUACAGAAGAAAUAUAUGCCAAACUUACUUGUCCCACCAGGUGGAGCUAAAUCUAAAAGAAAAGUCUAUGAUGCCCUGUCGUUGAGAAGAGGGAAUGAAUCAGCUUCUGUAGAUAUGGAUAACUCAGAAUUAGCAUUAAAGCCUCAUGACCCAAGCCCAGCUGAGCAGUCUGUGAUUGAGCCUGAAAAUGAUAAUAAAGUUGAAGAAGAGCCAAAACCUCAGGAAGAAGAAGGCGAAGAAAAUCAGAAUAUCAAUGAAAAUGAAGACCACGAGUCAUAA